CUCAGCGGCGUGCAAGGAAGCGGCGCGGUGAGCAUGUGUCAUUCAUUGUUGGGUGAUAUUAUAUUCCAUGCAGCCGCAGUGUCACCUACUAGUAACACAUUCCGCAUUUGGCACCAACAAGAAGCGCAUGCAAGUUAAGCGACCUACAUCUCGGAAGGCUGAAGCAACCAACAGCGAUCUGCAUCAAGACAGAUGGUACGCGGAAUUAGGGGCAAGGAGGGGAAAGACUGAAUUUACUGGAACGAAACAACCCUCAUGGCCGGCCUCGCCCUUCUCCGUGUCGCGCCGCUGUUGUCGGCAACCAGUUACAUCACCUUCACCUUUUCCGAGGACACCUUUAUCCGGCCGCUGGUGCACACGGGGCCCUCUGCCCCCGCGACCGAGCUCCGCCGGCACGCGAACCGCAUUCUGCCGGCACAUAACACCUUUGUCCGGCGCGGCCUGCCCUUCAUCUUCCUCAGUUACCCGCUCAGCAUCGCCACCGCGGCCGCCAACCUUGCCCGGCAGGACGACGGGUCCCUGAGCUUCGCCGGCGACGCCGCGCCCCGGGCCCGCGCGGCCGCUGCCUUCUAUACCGCGGGGAUGGUGCUGAGUGUGCUGCACUUCCCCUUUGGCCCUGCCGCCAUGGCCUGUCUCAAUCUUGUGGGACAGGACAAGGGCGUGGACGAUGAUCCCAAGGCUGAUAACACGGCGGCCAUGGCAAAGUGGCUGAAAAUCAAUGCCAUUAGAGGGCUGGUUGCGGAUUUUCCGUCCUGGGUAUGCUAUUUCAUUGCAUUCUUGUGCGUUAUGUCUUGAGGGUGACUGGGAAGUUCUGCGUCAUGGUAGUAUCAGCGGUACCUUAACUAUCAUAACAUGAGAGGUGCACCUCAAGCACUACCUUACCUAGUACUUAGAAGAGGAAGCGACUUCUGAAAGAGAGGAAGCGGUUUGAAAGCGCUCAUCCAAAUAGCAGCUACAUAAAGGGUUGCAGCUUUUGGACCUGGAAGGAAAGCCAACUUAAGACCGAAGAAUGAAGAUCCUGUUUGGCUCCAUGUCCCGCGCUUUUUACCCCUGGACAAAACACGAUGUGCUGAAUUUGCCGCCGUUUUAGCCACUGAUGCAAACAAGUUCGUAGUGGCUAGCGAUAUUCAGUGUACCAGCUGCGUUGUGUAAGCU